UGAAACGAUUUUCUUUGAUUUCAAUGACAUUGUAUAAUCUUUCAAAGCCGCGACAUUGUAAUUAUAUAUACGAGCGAAAUGCCAUGCUUGAACGCGAGUAUAUAUAAUUUUAAUUUCUAUGGAGUAUUGUUGGUUCAAAGUUUCGAAAACAACAAGCAACUGCAUAAAACGGCUCGAAAUGUCUAGUGAUAUAUCAGUUCUCGAUUGGCAUGCAGGCAAGAGCGAGUUAUACCAAGAAUAGCUACGAAAGAUAUAAGCAUGGGAUACUUCACGUUUACAUUUCUUAUCUGCUUGGUUGUUAUUCUACCAAGCUUUCCUUGUAAAGGAGCAAGACCUUUCUGGAGGAGACCAACGAACAAACCGAAACCAACGUUAUUGCCACCAAUUGACAAGGAUCCUGAGUUUUACAAAAGUAAGUUUAAACGUACAAAUAUAAUAGUGUACCAUUUUGUGAAGUAAAGUUAGGGGUGCUAAUCAUACAUACGUAAAUACAUACAUUAUUCAGCUCACUUCUCAACGGAGCAGACUAUGCACCUACGUUUUCGCUUACGUAUAUUACUCACUUAUAUCCUUUUUACAACAAUUGUGAUAUUAUUUUCUUAACUAUGUUUAUUCCUAUAACCCACCUUGCCAAGUAAUUAUCCUUGUGGAAGGAAACUGGAGCGCCGCGGAAACUUUCUGCAUACAGAGCGUUGACAGGCUGUUUUAGCAUGAGUCGGUAUUCACAUGAGUCGGUACCGUGAGAGAUAUACUAUAUACUGAGCCAAGGAAUCGAGCUCGGAAUCGAGCUCGGAAUUCGAGCUCGGAAUUCGAGCUCGGAAUCUAAGUUUUAUUAUAGUCUAGCUGGACCUGUAUGUGAGUUUGUAUUAGCACUGUUUCACUUAGCACAGGUAAUCUCAACUGCUUUAGGGUAAAAUGACCAUGGCAGUCAACAUGCCAAUAUAUGCCAAAACCUGAAUCCGGGACAAAAUUCCUGAAAAUGAUCCCGCCCUGAAACGGCAGUGUCGACAUAGCUGUAUAACUUCCGAAAAGGAAAAGCGAUAGCCUUUCUGAAGUGUUAUAGUGUUCAGAAGGGUUGCUUUUAGGGAUUGUCAGUAGCCUGAAAUGUCAGGCGUUCUCCCCGCUUGAACCUGACAUUUCAGGCUAGGGUGGUCAGUGGAAGGAAAAAUUUGUCUAAGUAUAAUAUUUUACAAGAAAAUGACCAUGCACCACCCCCAGGUAAAUUGCUAAUUAUGCAUAAAUAACUAAUGUGCCUGGCAGAAGUGAAAUAUCCCUAUUUCCUAAAAACAAAUACCAUGAGGAUUGUCAUAAGGAUUGUCAGUUUUCUUUAAAUAUAUAAAUACCAUAUUUUGCCAUCUUGGUUGCUUUUUAUCACCAACUGAAAUCUGGCAAAUAUCAUCCAGUUGUUGCACUUUUACAAAACAUGGUUGAAGAAGAUUUCAAAGAAGGUUUCAUCAGGUUUUGAAACAGUGCAGUGUAAUUAUCUUCGUUACUGUGUCCUUCGAUAUUUCGUGAAAUACUGAAAUAUGGCGCCAUUAAUCAUUAUAAAUUGCAAUGGCUCGCCGCUUCUCUGCCCGGAUAAAUGCCACUUAUUCGUCUUGCUGUGUAUUUAGACAUUACAGUAUCCAAUAGUACUUCAUUGUAGAAUAGUCCCAAUCGAAUCUCAUAAAACUUGUUGAAUAUAUAUUUAACAAUCCAAAUUCGAAAAGAAGUAUUAAUUUAAAAGUCACGCGCACAGGGAGCAGAGGAGUCACUAAACUCUAGUAAAACAAUACAAACGCCAUCUUACCUUGUUAAUUGUAACAUAUUUCAUUGUAAAAUUCCCAUUAAAAUGCAUAUUUUACAAUUUAUAGUCUGGUGAAAUGUCGUGAAACCAUGCAGCCGUUCCGCACGUUGUAACCAAUAAUUUAUUGGCGUUGUAAUGCCAUUGUAUGCAAUAAAGUAUUGGUUACAAUGGAUUUAUAAUUAAUCCAAACACGCUAAUCCUAAUUCAAACCCUAAUCCUAACCCUAACCCCUAACCCUAACCCCACCUUCUAACCCCUAACCCCUAACCCCACCUGCCAGCCCCGCAUUCUAACCGCAAACCCUAACCCCGGCCAGCUACCCCUCCGGGGAAGUUGGAGCUCAAUUCCGAGCUCGAUUCCGAGCUCGAAUCCGAGCUCAAUUCCGAGCUCGAUUCCGAGCUCGAAUCCUUGGCUCGGUAAAUAGGUAUCCUCGUACCGUGACUCGAACUAACAAUCUCAGAGAUGAAAGGUGUUUGCUCCGACGAUAUAUAUAUAACAAACCUUGACUGAAUUGCAGCUUUGCAUUUGGUACACCCUGCAUGUAUUGAAUGAAUGUUGAAUGCAGUUGAAUAAUUUUUAGCCAUUGAUCUUCAUUUUAAAUUCGCCAAAUAUUACUUUACAUAAAAAGUUGGAAAGUUAUAUGAAAAAUAUAGUGUCAUAACAAACUGUGUUAACAUUAUCGGAUGUAUGUACUACAAGUGUUACUGCUCUGAUUAUAGCGUUCAAAUGUUUUGAACAAGCUUGUAUAUAAAUCUAUUUAGAAUUAAGAGAAGAAAUCCCUCCAAAAAAUGUAACGGCCAAAAAGGUGAUAACAAAUAUCCUGCGCAUACGUCCAGGGGGCAAAAGACAGGUGACGUUAGAAGAUGUGGUAAUCGUGAUGGAUGGAUCUGGUUCUAUUGGCGCAUGCGAGUUUAAUAAUGGAAAGAAAGCAAUGAAAAAUCUAAUGGGAUUUGAACAACCCGAUGUCAACGCUAAGUAUGCAAUGGUAACGUUUUCCCGGACGGUGAGAAGAGAUUUCAAUUUCUUGUCCCAGUCAGAUGCAGUAGCCAGAAUAAGUACGGUAACUUUUCCCAGUGGCAGUACAAAUACUCAAGCUGGCCUUGCUGAGGCAUUAGAUCUGUUCAACAAAGGUAAGAACUGCAAUGCAGCUUAUAUGCAAUGAAAUUCCAAAGGAUAUCUUUAUAAAUUAAUAUACAAUUACUUUAUGGUUUCCGUGUUUGGAUGGCCUGAUCCAAACACGCGGGAAUGUUCCGAGAUGUUAGUGCGAAUGUUGUUAUUGUUUGGUGGUGUUGUUGUUGUUGUUGUUGCUGUUGUUGCUACUGUUGUUAAGUUGUUGUUGUUUUCGUCAGUAGCUGCUCUUGUAGGCGUUGCAAUUGUUAUUGUUCUUGUUUGUUGUUGUGGUUUUUAUUGUCCUGCUGUCGGCGUCGUUUUUGUGGUUGUUGUUGUUGUUUCAAUGUCGUUACUUUUGCUGCUGUGUAUUGUUGUUAUUGUUGCUACUAUCUUGCCGUUGUUGUUAUUGUCGGUGUUGUUAUUGUUGGUGUUGUUAUUGUCGCAUAGUGUAGUUGUCAUUUGUUGUUGUCAUUUGUUGUUGUUGUUGUUGUUGUUGUUGUUGUUGUUGUUGUUGUUGUUGUUGUUGUUGUUGUUGUUGCUGUCAUUUGUUGUUGUUGUCAUUUGUUGUUGUCAUUUGUUGUUGUUGUUGUUGUUGUUGCUGUCAUUUGUUGUUGUUGUUGUCAUUUGUUGUUGUUGUUGUUGUUGUUGUUGUCAUUUGUUGUUGUUGUUGUUGUUGCUGUCAUUUGUUGUUGUUGUUGUUGUCAUUUGUUGUUGUCAUUUGUUGUUGUUGUUGUUGUUGUUGUCAUUUGUUGUUGUUGUCAUUUGUUGUUGUUGUCAUUUGUUGUUGUUGUCAUUUGUUGUUGUUGUUGUUGUUGUUGUCAUUUGUUGUUGUUGUCAUUUGUUGUUGUCAUUUGUCGUUUGUCGUUUGUUGUUGUCAUUGUUGUUGUCAUUGUUGUUGUCGUUGUUGUCAUUUGUUGUCGUCGUCAUCGUCGUUGUUGUCAUUUGUUGUUGUUGUUGUUGUUGUCAUUUGUUGUUGUUGUUGUCAUUUGUUGUUGUUGUUGUUGUUGUUGUUGUUGCUGUUGUUGUUGUUGUUGUUGUUGUUGUUGCUGUUGUUGUUGUUGUUGCUGUUGCUGUUGUUGCUGUUGCUGUUGCUGUUGUUGCUGUUGCUGUUGUUGUUGUUGUUGUCAUUUGUUGUUGUUGUCAUUUGUUGUUGUUGUUGUUGUUGUUGUUGUUGUUGUUGUUGUUGUUGUUGUCAGUUGUUGUUGUAGUUGUUGUCAGUUGUUGUUGUAGUUGUUGUCAGUUGUUGUAGUUGUAGUUGUUGUUGUUGUUGUUGUUGUCAGUUGUUGUCAGUUAUUUUUGUUGUCAGUUGUUGUUGUUGUUGUCAGUUGUUGUCGUUGUCGUUGUCGUCGUUGUUGUUGUCGUUGUUGUCAUCGUCGUCGUCGUUUUGGUUGUUCUUGUCGUCGUCGUCGUUGUUGUUGUCUUUGUCGUUUUGGUUGUUCUUGUCGUUGUCGUUUUGGUUGUUCUUGUUGUUGCUUAGCCUCCUCCGCAGGCCUCUCUAUGGGCUCUAGCCUGCGAAUGGGUUUGAAAAAAAAGAUUUUCCCACCACCCGAUUCGUCGGGUGAGAUGCCUGCGGAGGAGGCUAGUUGUUGCUGCGGUCGAUGUUAUUAUUGCUGAUGCAAACUUUGUUGUUAUAUUAUUAAUGUUAUACAUAUCAAAUUCUAUUUUGCAGAAGGCCGCGGUUUCCUCUCGCGCAAGCUUGUACUGCUGUUAACAGAUGGCCAAUCCAACGUUCAAAAACACAAAACAUUGCCAAAUGCUCAAAAGUUAAAGGAUGCGGGAGUGGAAGUUUUCGUUAUUGCUGUUGGUGGACAGCAUAUUCGGGGAAUCGACGAGAUGGCAAAUAUGGCCACGUUUCCACCAAAGGACUUCCUGCUUCGCGUGGAAAAAGUCGGGGACUUUUUAGAAGUCGUUAAUUUGGCAAUCAAAACAGUAGCUCCGGGCAAAUACAAAAUCCUCGGCGAUAAAUAUAAAUCUCCUUGCAGAUAAGGUAUACAUUUUGUAAAAUGCCAAACGCUUUCUUAUUAUAACGCUUCCUCAACUAUAGCCGAUCAAAAACUCAUUAAUAAAUCAUGAGGAAAACACAAAGAAAAAUCAUAAGCGUGUCGUAUCUUUAAUGUGAUAGAGAUUUGACUUGAUUUACAUAAAAUUUAACUUCGAUUUUCUCGACUUACACAACGUAUUUUUUGAAAGUUACUUCGCCAAUGAACUUAUUAGAUCGAUCGUUUUGAAGCAAUUUAAAACAUUCGCAGUGCGUGUUUUAUCAUACCUGGCUAAAGAUACUCUGCUUCGCCUCGUAUCUUUAUAUCUGAUAAAACAUACAGGCUAAUAAAACACUCCUGCUCGUUUUAUUAAACAGCACAUAAAGAUCGAAUGCGAAUGUUUUAACGUUCUUAAAAAACGAUCCAUCUUAUGAGUUCAUUGGCAAAAUAAUUUUAAAAAUAAACAUUGUCUAACCCGGGAAAAUCAAAGCUGAAGUUUAUGUAAAUCAGGACAAAUCUUUAUCCGAUUUACAAACAUUGAUUAAACAUUCAUUUCUUUUGUAUUUUCCUCGUGAAUUAUUAAUUAAUGAGAUUUUUAAUCAAUUUUAUAGAUUUAUAGAAUUUACUAUAUAUACUUAUUAUUUCAUUUAAAAAAUGCAAUGUAGCAUUUUAACCAUUAGGGAUACUUCUCGUACCACUAAUGAUGGCAAGAUAUUAUAUUUGUUUUGUUUGUAUUAAAUGUUUCUCAUUUUGUUAUUGAACGAUUUACUUGUGUAUCUAAUUAUUGGUUAUGACCAAACAUGUUUUCUUGAGUUUAAGAAUCAACCCAUUGAACUAUAAGUAUACUGGAAGGCUAACUCCUAUGAUAAAGGCCUAUGAUUCGUUGAAGCCGACGCGCGGGAAAAUCAGCUUUCAAAAGGACUGAGGAGAGUUUCGAGGAGUGAAAAAAAUUCGGUCAAAAGUUUGUUUUUGAGCAAAAAUUCGGAAGAACAACACAUUUCCAUGGGAAUACUACAAUGAUUGCAUGGGAUUAAAAUCUGGUUUUCCGAUUAGUUCCACUGUUUUACAUCUCUCUGCAGCAAAGAGUGGGGGAGUUUUGCAUUUGUACGUAUUUUGAAAAAUUGAUGAAGUUUGGACGUGCCGAUGGAAACCUCACUCUUCAACUCGAAAAAGCUAUACUAUAAAACAUUUUCGGACAGUCCCAAAACUUAGUUUGUAC